CUCCUGAUUUACAAAUUAAACACUGUAUAUACACACGUCCUGUAUGAUCCAUGCAUUUUAAGGUCACGAUAAAAUUUGUGGUACACUUUCUAACAGGAGGACCUCCAAGUAAGGGUUUUCUGCUAUUACUCGAGAUGAUGGACAUUAUUUGCACGGAAGACUAUUAGAAGUAACUUAGUAGCACAUGUUAGACAUGUGUGAAGCAAGGCAGCAGUGUCGAAGCUAUCAAGGAGAAUGGGCGGUUCGUAUCUCUUGUUCCUCCUCCAUAACGAGUUGAAUGAAUGGCGACUCACGCAUCUGAUCACGGUGAGAUGUGCAUGUACUCCUUACAACUAAAUCAACAAAGUCGCCGGAUAAGUGUACUUGACAUUUAACAAGCCAUCGUGAUGACAGCCUUGAAUGAUUACAUCAGCACAUUGGUUCAAACCUCAUGCCGGUAGCUAUGCUGAUAAACCGAAGCACGAGUUCAAGGUUCACCUCAGUGGAAGGAGGUCCACGCGGACGUCUUCCCUUUGCCGUCUACAGGGGUUUAUGAUUGGUGCCUAUGAGGAAGACCCUCCCACAGCUUGGCUAUUGUUAAGUUCCAGGUUCUGUGUGAGACGACCAACCUCAGACCACCAUUCACCAGCCAGCCCAACCACUGACAAGCAUUUUUAUCCUUCAACUUUGGUGUCUGGGAGGAGACCUAUAGGUGAGUGUCCACUAACACCGUCCUCAUCCACCCGGGCUGCGCCACCCACGGCCAACCCCACCUCCAUUCCCAGCCCCUCACCUCGCGGCAUCAUGGGGGACGUAGUCCAGAUGCACUUCUCCACGCCGGACUAUGUGAUCUUUGCCCUGCUGCUGGUGGCGUCCACGUGCAUCGGCCUGUUCUACGCCCUGUCCGGCGGGCGCCAGCGCACCACGCAGGAGUUCCUAUUGGCCGACCGUUCGAUGAGCUGCCUGCCCGUGUCGCUCUCGCUGCUCGCCACCUUCCAGUCGGCCGUGGCCAUCCUGGGAGUGCCCUCGGAGAUCUACACCUACGGAACGCAGUACUGGUUCCUGGGAGUCUCCUAUUUCCUGGGUCUGCUUAUCCCCGCCCACGUCUUCAUACCUGUCUUCUACAGGCUCCGCCUCACCAGCGCUUAUGAGUAUUUGGAGCUGCGCUUCAAUAAGACGGUUCGCAUCAUGGGCACCGUGACCUUUAUCUUUCAGAUGGUGAUCUAUAUGGGAGUGGUCCUCUAUGCACCAGCACUCGCACUCAAUGCAGUGACUGGAUUUGACCUCUGGGGGGCAGUGCUGGCCAUGGGACUGGUUUGCACCCUGUACACAACAUUAGGGGGGCUGAAGGCAGUCAUCUGGACAGACGUGUUCCAGACCAUUGUGAUGUUUGCUGGCCAACUCGCGGUCAUCAUAGUGGGGGCCCACCAGGCAGGAGGCAUGGGACAGGUGUGGAGGAAAGCCAUCAACGGUAGCCGCAUCGCAAGUCUGGACCUGAACCCUGACCCGACGGAGAGGCACACGUUCUGGACGCUGGGGGUGGGCGGGGUGUUCCUCAUGCUGGCGCUGUACGGGGUCAACCAGGCCCAGGUCCAGAGGUACCUCAGCUCCCGCACUGAGAGGGAGGCGGUCAGGUCGUGCUACGUGGUGUUUCCCUGCCAGCAGGUGGUGUUGUGUCUGGGCUGUCUGAUGGGCCUGGUGAUGUUUGCUCGCUACGGUGAGGAUAGCCCACUCGAUAAGGGUUACGUCAAAACCAACGACCAGAUGGUGCUGUACUUUGUGAUGGAUGUGUUCAGGGACCUGCCUGGCCUACCAGGGCUGUUUGUCGCCUGCCUGUUCAGCGGAGCUCUCAGUACCAUCUCAUCAGCGUUUAACUCCCUAGCGACGGUAACCAUGGAGGACCUAAUCAGGCCUUACUGCCCGGCCAUGACGGAGGCCAAAGCCACGCUGCUCUCAAAGGGCCUGGCGUUUGCCUACGGGCUGGUGUGUCUGGCCAUGGCCUACACGGCAUCUCACAUGGGCUCAGUGCUGCAGGCAGCAUUGAGUAUCUUUGGGAUGGUGGGUGGUCCUCUCCUCGGCCUCUUCUGUCUGGGAAUGUUCUUCCCCUGGGCCAACUCCACUGGUGCGAUAGUAGGAUUGGUGGCAGGCCUGGUUAUGGCGUUCUGGAUUGGCAUUGGUAAUUUUGUGUCCCGUAUGGCGGUGCCCACUACUCUGCCCCCCAUCAUCAACGGCACCGCUAUGCCCCUCCCCGGCAACAUGACCACCCUGAUUACCUUGAUCACCGCCAAACCAAAGCCUACGGGUGUGCAGGCUCUGUACAAUCUGUCCUAUUUGUGGUACAGUGCCCACAACUCUACCACUGUGGUGAUAGUGGGACUAAUAGUCAGCCUGUUGACCGGUCCUAUGAAGGAGAAGGACCUGAUCCCAGGGACGGUGUACCCUGUCCUGGGCAACCUGCUCUUCUUCCUGCCUGAAUACUACAGGGAGAUACUCUGCUGUGUCACCCCACUGCCACACAAGCCCAAAGCUAUCGACACGCAUCCUUACCAGAUGGCUCGGAAGGAGAGCAAUGGAGUGUCCCAUCCCAAAGAGCAGGAGAAGACUGAGGACACGGAGAGAGAGAAGGAUGAGGACGAGGAGACAGCAACCCCUCAGCCUUCCUGCCGACUGGCUCACACGUUGCAGGAGACGGCCUUGUAGACCCCCCUCCCCAACACACACACAGCCCCCAGCCAAGCCCCAGCACUUUCACAAGCCCCCCACUGCUCAGCUUUCUCUGCCCCAGGGGAGAAGAUCUACAUAGGACCGGAGGGCAACGGAGACCCAGGGUUCCUGGAUAUGACUUCCAUCAAGCACCACAGGGUCAAUGUGAAGGAACAGGGAGUUUCACCUCUGACCCUUACUUCCUGGAGAAACUGAUACACCACAAAUCUCUGGUGGUUAAGAGAGUCAGAGCCAGAGUCCUUUGCUAGAUUGAAGAAUAGUGCAAUUAAACGUGGUUAGUGGAUGGGGGUCCAGGGGUAUCUUGAAUCAUUGGUACCUCAUUAACGAUGGCACUGGUCAGUUGUCCUGAUCUGAAGUAACUGGAAAUCACUAGUUAUGAAACUGGAGUUUUGAGAAGAGCCAAAAUGUCUGAAUCGAGGUGGAUUACUGGAUGGAGAAAUACUAACGCAACACAAGUGGCAAUCAUGCUCAGAGCUGAGGAGAAGUCUCGUCAUUGUUGGACUGAACCAAAGCCUGGGCUGUGAUUGUGUCACUCUGUGAUUUUGUCCAAUUAUGAUUGAAGGAUUGUGGCCGUACACGCGCACAAUGAGUUGUUCCAAUGACUGUGAAAAUGGACCCAAGUCUUUCUGUUUAUCGAAGCGAAUCGGGUAGAGACCAGGCAGUGAAGAGCGAGGUACUUCAGAUUAGAGGUCGGCUGAUUAUGCUUUUUCAACGGCGAUACCGAUUAUUGGAGGACCCAAAAAAGCCGAUACCGAUUAAUCGGACGUUUUUUUGUGUGUGUGUGUAAUAAUGACAAUUACAACAAUACUGAAUGAACACUUAUUUUAACUUAAUAUAAUACAUCAAUAAAAUCAAUUUAGCCUCAAAUAAAUUAUGAAACAUGUUCAAUUUGGUUUAAAUAAUACAAAAACAAAG